UGGCCCUCUGGCUCCUCGUUCUCUGCCAGCUCCAUGGCCAGCCCUGCGGAUGCACCCGCAACAGGCCACACCAGUGGGUUGGGUUCCCACCGGAGAAAGCGGACCACCUUCAGCAGGGGGCAGCUGCUGGAGCUGGAGCGGGUGUUUGCAGCAUGGCCCUACCCUGACAUCAGCACGCGUGAGCACCUGGCUCGGGUCACCUGCCUUCCUGAGGCCAAGAUACAGGUGUGGUUCCAGAAUCGCCGGGCCAAGAGAAUCAAGAAUAGGAAGGCAGGAGGCCUAAGCCCCAGGCCUGAGCACACCCAGAGAGCCCGUCCUCUUCCGGACACGCUCCAGCAGGCCCGGGAGCCCCGAACACUAGUCCAGCUUCCACCUUCCAACAGCACACCUCAGUGUGCCUCAAUGGGUCGACAUGCUUCCUGCCCAGCUCCUGGUUUGGGUCCAGGACAGGGGUGGACAGGGGCUAAGGCUGUAGCCCCAUGGGGACCAGCUGGGGUUUCAGGGGUCCACCUUUCUUCAGAGCGAGCCACUCCCCAGACCUCAUUGGGCAGCUUAUCUGACCUCAUCUAUGCCUCUGCCAUCGUCACCAACCUGGACCACUCCUAA